UGGUUUCUCAACUUUCUUCCAUAAAAGUGACAAAGUCUGAUUGAGAUGAUCCCUACGGCUACAAAGCACGAGUAUAUAAGAAGAAACGCAGGCCGCCUUCUGUACCUGACCGUCAAGCGUUUGAAUAACAUCACACACAUCCGACAUUCAAGAAUGAAGGCUGCCGUCGCGUUGCUGCUGUUCUCGCUGGUGGCUACCAGCCUCGCUAGCUUCUACUACCCACCUAAGAUCGCGAAGGUCCUCGUCAUUCCUAAAUACGGCUAUGGUGGCUAUGGAGGCUAUGGAGGCUAUGGUGGCUAUGGAGGUUUGGGAGGCUUCGGCGGCUUGGGCGGCCUCGGCGGUUUCGGCGGCUUUGGCGGCCUCGGCGGUUACGGAGGUUACGGAGGCUACAGAGGUUACGGAGGCUAUGGAGGUUACGGACUUGGCGGUGGAGUAAUUGGAGUUGGCAGUGUUGGCAUCCUUGGCGGAGGUUUUGGAGGCUUUGGAGGAUUUGGAGGAUUCGGUGGUGGUCAUGGAGGCAAAUACUAAUGACAUUACUGAUGGACCACACAACUGUGUGUCACCCACUAGGUCGUGGACCUCAGUUUUGACGACAUCAACGUGCAGUAAAAAGUGAACAUACUAAUAUUUAGCCCUGCCUACAUAAAUAAAGUCUUUAUGUUUAA